GUUUGCUUUACUGGUGGUAUUCCUCGUAAAGCUGCAGGCAGGGUGUUUGUAUGGUUCCUUCGCUUCUUACUGUUCACGAGGUUCAAAAUGGCUGCUUCUUCUGGUAGACGUUUGUUCUCUUUCCCCCAACGUUCAGUAUCUUCUUCAGCAACGCAGUUCAUCCGCAAGUUCCAUUCUUCGCCAUCCAGCAUGUCGACCCUGGCCGCAUUCAGACUCCCCAACAUUACGAACGAGCCAAACAAGCACUACGCUCAAAGCUCGCCCGAUCGAGAAGGCCUCACCUCCGCCCUCGAGGCAUUGAAAUCCAAGAUCCCCCUCGAAGUCCCCCUCGUCGUCUCCGGCAAGUCUGUCAAGACGUCCUCGAUCCUCACCCAGAACAACCCUUCUUCCCACUCAACGUCGAUCGCAAAGUACUCGAACGCCUCGACCGAGGAUGUCCAGAAUGCCAUCGAUGGCGCUCUGGCGGCCAAACCGGCAUGGGAAUCUCUGCCCUUCGCCGACCGAGCCGCCAUCUUCCUCAAAGCAGCAGACUUGAUCAGCACAAAAUAUAGAUACGAGAUCAUGGCCGCGACAAUGCUAGGACAGGGGAAGAACGCAUGGCAAGCAGAGAUCGAUGCGGCGGCCGAGUUGAUUGACUUCCUGAGGUUCAACGUCCGUUAUGCAGAAGAGCUGUACGCACAACAACCUCCAUAUAACUCGCCUGGGGUGUGGAACCGAGUCGAAUACAGGCCGUUGGAGGGCUUUGUCUACGCCAUUUCACCCUUCAACUUCACUGCCAUCGGUGGUAAUCUGCCCGGUGCUCCUGCGCUGAUGGGCAACGUGGUGCUUUGGAAACCGAGUCCUUCUGCGAUCGCCUCAAACUACCUCGUCCACCAAAUCUUGAUGGAGGCCGGUCUACCGGCGGGUGUCAUACAAUUCGUUCCCGGUGAUGCGGAGGAAGUCACCAAAGCCAUCCUCUCGCAUAAGCAGUUCGCCGCUCUACACUACACAGGCUCGACGGCUGUGUUCCGGAAACUCUACAGUCAAAUCGGCCAGGGAAUCGCCGAGGGACGAUACAAGGGGUAUCCAAGAAUCGUGGGAGAAACGGGCGGCAAGAACUUCCACUUGAUCCACAACAGCGCAGACGUCGACAACGCGGUGGCACAGACCGUCCGCGGCGCUUUCGAGUACCAAGGCCAGAAAUGCAGUGCCUGUUCAAGACUAUACGUCCCUUCCUCCAUCUGGUCCGAGUUCAAAUCCAAACUCGUGGCCGAGACAGAAAAGCUCAAGGUCGGACCACCCGAGGAAUUCGGCAAUUUCAUCGGCCCAGUGAUCCACGAAGCCAGUUUCAAGAAGCUGUCGGGCGUCAUCGACGCCGCGAAGGACGACUCAAGUCUUGAACUUCUCACUGGCGGCAAGUACGACAACUCGACAGGUUAUUUCAUCCAUCCAACCAUCUAUCUUUCAAAGGACCCUAUGCACAAGAACUUCACGACCGAAUUCUUCGGACCGAUCCUGACGGUGCAUGUUUACGACGACUCUAAACCCGAUGCCUUCGAACGCGUCUGCGAACUCGUGGACAGCACCUCAGACUACGGUCUCACAGGCGCGGUGUUCGCACAGGACCGCGCUGCGGUACGGUAUGCCGAAGAGGCGCUGAGAAAUGCCGCGGGCAAUUAUUACAUCAAUUGCAAGUGUACAGGAGCUGUUGUCGGGCAACAACCUUUUGGCGGUGCUAGAUCUUCUGGCACAAACGACAAGGCCGGAUCAGCCGCCAUCCUAUCGCGUUUUGUGAGUAUGAGGUCGAUGAAGGAGGAGACGCUGCCGAUCUCAAAGGUCGAAUAUCCUUCCAACGACGUCUGAUUGUCCCGAGUACUAUUGUGGUGGAUAAAAAUUAUGUUUCAUGUUUACUGUUUACUCACGCGAACGCCUUGUUGGUGAUGAAUAAUGAGAAUGGAAUUCGCAAUGGCGCAGUUAGACAAAAGCCCUGUCGGUUCGCUUUCGCAUACUUAGUUAGGGACAGUAAGGUAGCAUAGCAGUCAACAAAGUUAUAAUAUUCUCUUGUGCCAAUACGAC